UUACUAAGACAUUUGAAUGCAGCAUUAGCCAGCCAGAACCGCUCCAAUACUAUAUCUAUGCAUCCUAUGCAUUAAAAAUAAUGGUAAAGAAAUCGCUUUUGUUACAAGUAUCUUAAAUUUAUCUUAAAAAUAUUGAUGUAAUUGUCUUUUAAAACAAAUAAAAUAAAGGUAAAGAAACCCAGUUUCUAAAUAUAGACAUCCUAGUUAAUGUGAAAAGGGAGAAUGGAAAAGAAACGGAAUGCGGCCGAAGUGAACUCAAACUGAUUCCGGCGUGAAUUAGUAAGUUUUUUUGGUCUGUAGCUAACGCCGCGGUGUUGGGAGGGCGGAACUUGAACGGAACUAUUUCCCAGUCGGAAGCUAAUCGAAGACGGACUGUUUGAAAACACAAAGAUGCGUCGCCGCGCUCGGAACCAACUGUCUCCGUGGAUCGAGGGUUUGAUUCUGAGCUACGACCACCAGCGGCCGGAUGAAGCGGGUGAAGCGGGUGAAGCCGGCGGCAGGAGCAGGAGCAGCGCCCCGCUGAGGGCUCAUGUCGUCGGGGUGGAUGAGUUGACUCCGUCCCAGGUCCAGUGCUCCGACGGCGGCCCCACGGGGCUGCUCUUCCUCUCCGACGGGGUCCUCCGGAUCCCCGCGCUCCUCACGGCCUCCGGCUGGGAGCACCUGCAGGAGCGGGAGGAGCGAGAGACCUUCACCGGCCUGGUCCACGCCACCGUGAGCAUCAGCGACUUCCGAAUGCGCUUUUACAUGAACCCCGAGCUGAACAAGUGCAGGUUCUUCCUGUCGGUGGGGCGGCUGGACACGAUGUCCGUGGGUGUCCCGAAAGAAGUCACCCACUGCUGCACGACCCUGUCCUCGGUCAGGGGGAAGAUGGCGGAGACGUGGAGGGCCCUGCUGUGUCUGGAGGACUCCCAGAGGAGCCAGGAGUGCUUGGACCUGUCUGAGCUGCUGGGGGAGUGGUACCAGGAGUGUGUGCAGGCGGUGCUGGAGGACAUCUGGUCCAGGCUGACGGCUCCUCAGCCCUCCACCUCCUCCUCGCCUCCAGCGACCCGCUGGGACGUGGACAGGGUCAGGUAUAAGGGGGAGAGACCUUUCGUUGUCCCCGUGAGGUGUCUUCUCAUGCCAGAGGAGGAUCCUCUGCAGCUGGAGGCAAAUCCUCCUCCUCCUCCUCCUCCUCCUCCUCCUCCUCCCCCUCCUGAUGCUGAGAGGCCGACACCUCCUCCUGCCACUGAAGGUCAGAGUUCUCCUCUCCCCGUGGAGGACAGUGAACUACACCAGCACCACGAUGUCCUCACAGAACUAACUGAGAGGCCUUUGUCCAACCCGUGGGACAUAUUCACUCCUCCAUGCAUCUCCUCCUCCUCCUUCGAUGCUUCCCCAGAUACAGAAACAACAACACCUCCUCCUCCACCGCUGCCGCCGCCCGUCGCAUCCCAACCUGAACACGUCUCCUCCUUCUUCACCAGCACUCAGCUUCCCAUCGACGCCUCCAAGGAGUCCAGCACCUUCCUCCCUCCGUACCAGAACCCACCGAGCAGCCUGGACACGUCCUUGUCCUCUGGUCCCAGUCCCCCGGACCAACGCUGCACCGCCACCACGGGACACGACCCCCCCCAGGAACAAAGAGACGCAAAGAGGAAGAGAAGUGAUGAAGAAAAGGAGGAGGAGGAGGAGGAGGAGGAGGAGGAAGUCAGCGGGAACCCUCCGACGUGGAUCCUGGACUCUGGAGCCUCCGGGUCCGAGGUGGGAAUCAGCCCCGACAGGCCCCCGGUCCAGAGAAAGACUGUGAGCGCCCAUGACGACGGCGCCGCCUUCUCGUACUCGUACCGAGCGUCUGGACAGAACCUGCAGGACUUCAGCCGGUUCAGGGUCACAGAGUCGCUGCUGAGGUGGGCCAUCAAAUAUCUGGUCGGUCCAGGGCCGACGGGAAACCCCCCCGACAUCGUCUGACUGGACCCGGGUCCUCUCAGAACCUCUCUAGACCUGGACCUGCUCCCUCAUGUUUAACAUUUUCUUUAUCACACGGAACAGAAGAAACAAAUCGGUCCAGGAAGUAAAACCGUCUCUGGAUCAGCUCUGUGUAGUUUGACACAUCAUAAAGUUGUUAUUUAAAAGUUAAAGUCUAACACGGAUCAUUUCAUUUUAUUGUUCAGUGUUAAAAAAUGAACAAACGUGACACAGGUUCUGAAUCGUCUGCUCCACAACAUGAAAAAAAAAAACCUGCUUCAAACAAUCACAUAAAAUAAACAGAAAAAAGUCUAAAUGAACAAAAUGUAAAUGAAUAAAAUAAGAUAUAAAUAUUCUGGAUUGAGAGAAAAAUAAAUAAAUAAAUAGACACGUCUUAUUUCCAGCAGGGUGAAGUACGGUGCCUUCAUGGACAUUCAGGUUGUUUCUUUGCUUCCUUGAAAUUGUUGAAAGUUUACGUUAAGAAUAUAUUUUUUAUUGUUACUGAUAUUUAAAUGUGAAUAUUCACAUGGAUCAAAUAAAAUCUGCAUUUAUUUACUUCAUAUUAGUGGAGUUUCUAGAUAUUUCUGUAUGUUGCAGAUGUUCUCUCUGGUUUUUAAUUCGUCUUUGACUGAACAAGGUCAGAAACAGAUUUUUUUUCUACUGAAAAUAAAUAAAUAAAUAUAUAUGUAUAUAAAUAAAGGAGGAAAAAUAAAAA